UCAAAGUUUCUUUUCUGGAAGGUUACAAGAUGUUUUCUUGGAAGGGAAGACAUAAAACUGCAAAGAAAUCUGCAACAAACACAGAAUUUUAAUGGUGAACUUUUGAGAUCAGGUAAACUUUUAUGGAAAUGGAGGGAUGCAUAUGUUUGGAAAAUUUGGCACAAAGCCUAAUAAAGUAAUUAUUGUAUUCCCUCCGUGCAUUGCAGAGAAAUUGCAUCUUUUCAUGCAUCAUUCACAGCUCCCAUUACUGAUACCACAACAUCUAAAUUACUCUGAACAACAACAAAACAAACACCACUUAGUCCAGAUGAAGAUUAGAAAUCUUGCAAGUGGAUGUUGUAGUUUUUGUAUUUGCUGUAACACUACACACAGCUUCCAGACUGUUAACCUGAUACUGGAAAGUAUAAAAUAAUGAGUAUUCUUGCCUGACUGUCCUAUUUCUCUUCCAGAAAUGAUGCUAAUUUGUGCUGGGAGCAAGGGUUACUUCUCAUAUUCAUAAUUUUGUGUGCUGCUUUAAUGGGAGAGGCAGGCAGACUGCAAAAAUGGAGCAAUUUCACUGCAGUUAGUUUGUCACUGGCCUCCAGCUGUUGUUCUCACAGCAAUGGUUUCCUACAGCUCAGCAAUGUGAGGUCAACUGAAAUCAUGUUGUAUCUGGGGAGAAAUGAAAAGGCAUCGUAUGGCAGGGGAGGAUACAGGCAGUCAGCACACACACACAAAUAAAAUUGUUUACAAAGUAAAGCCUCUUGAUUCAGGCUGUGUUUUCCUGGGGUGUUCCAUGUAGUGUCUGGAAAGGAAAGGUGGAAGAAUAUGUUGUCAGGCAGGAGGACUUAAAUUUCAAGAUUAAGCUCUCACUGCUGUUUUGGAGUCGAGUUUGAAGCACCCUUGAAGGGGUGGUGGCAGCUUCUGAAUGAAAAAACCUGGCUGUGCCUUAAAGGUGAUCUUCUUCUGUGCCUGCUCAGCACUGAUCCAGCCCAGGGAGAGCCCUCGACCAGGUGGCAUCACUGCACAGGGUACAGGUGGGGCUGCACUGGCUCAGGAGUUCCCUGACCCUUUACUGAAUUAACAAUGUCUCCCCAGAGGUCACAAUCAAAGAAAAUGUUUUAGAGAAAUCUCCUUGCAGAGCUUGCACUCAGGUUGUGUUUAUGGAUGGAUUCUAUCCAAAACCUGGCCAGAUUUCUUAGUCAAAAAUGCAAAGUGUUUUUCUAGCCUAUUCUCACUUUUCUUUUGUUCUGAGAGGAAGGCAUAAAAUAUAAACUUUGUCAGAUCAAGCAUUUCUGUGCUCCAUGUCAGCCAGUACUGACCCUGUGGGUCACACACGAAAUCCUCUUGGAUGCUGCUCGUUCCUGUGCUGGCUCCACCAGGAUGGACUUUCCAUCUGAAUAUUCCCAUCUGCAUGACUUAAUUCAGUACUUGAUCCCCCUGUUGCUGACAGCUUCCACAGAUUUGAUGUUGCAGUUUGAUGGGUUUUACUUUCCCAUUUCCAAAUAUUGGACUGAACCAGAAAGGUAGUUGUUGGUUUUUUUUGGUAGGGUUUUUUUUUGGUUUUUUGUUUGGUUAGUUGGUUUUCUUUGGUUUUUUUUUUUUUUUUUUUGGUUUUUUUUUUGUUUUGUUUUGUUUUGUUUUGUUUUGUUUGUUUGUUUUGUUUUGUUUUGUUUUGUUUUGUUUUGUUUUGUUUUGUUUUGUUUUGUUCUGAGCAGCUCAGGAGCAUUCAGGAUAAUGUGUAUCUUAAAUGAGGUGCUCCAAAUACACUCUUAAGCUUAUAGAGGUUUGCUCGUAUCCUAUCUGUGCAUAUAAUUAGAAAAAAUACUGAGUGGACUGAACUCUGAAAAAGGUAUUGAUCACAUAUUUUCUUCUUUUUUUUUUCUUCUUUGUAGAAUCUGAUGGCUUAGAAAGUUGAUGUUCUUAGCCAUGCAUGGGCAAACAGUUGUUUCAUUUCCAUAACUUACCUGUUUUAACUUCCUUUCUACUUGUUUCUAUUGUUUGGACAGAGUUAGUGACAGGAAGAGAAGCAUGAAAAAUGGCUGAAUUCUUGCUACUUGGUACCAACAACUUCCGUAGGUUCACUCAGGAAUCCUUGGCAGCCAUCAAAAAGAGAAUUGCUGCCAAAAAGGAUCAUCAAAGAAAUGCCACAGAGCAGAAACCUGAGGAGAAACCACGCCCUCAGCUUGACCUGAAAGCUUUCCAGAAGUUACCAGCUCUCUAUGGAAAUCCUCCUCCAGAGCUCAUUGGGGAACCACUGGAGGAUCUCGACCCAUACUACAAAGAUCAUAAGGUUUUCAUAGUGCUAAACAAGCAGAAAACAAUCUACAGAUUUACUGCUACACGUGCCCUGUGGAUCUUCAGUCCCUUCCAUCCAAUACGAAGAAGAGCAAUUAAAAUUUUAGUACAUUCGUGGUUCACCUGGCUUAUCAUGUGCACCAUUAUUACUAAUUGUGUAUUCAUGGCUCUGACUGAGUCAGCUAAGUCUUCAUCAUCUUCAUGGAACACAUAUAUUGAAUAUACUUUCACUGGCAUUUACACUUUUGAAUCACUGAUAAAAAUACUGGCAACAGGGUUCUGCCUAAAAGAGUUCACUUUCCUUCGGGAUCCCUGGAACUGGUUGGAUUUCACCGUUAUCGUCAUGGCGUAUGUGGGAGCACUUAAUCAGAAAUUGGGGAAUGUGUCAGUCCUCCGGACUUUCAGGGUUCUCAGGGCUUUAAAAACCAUUUCAGUAGUCCCAGGGCUCAAGAUCAUUGUAGGGGCACUUAUCCAGUCUGUUAAGAAACUUGCUGAUGUGAUGAUCCUGACUGUUUUCUGCCUGAGUAUUUUUGCCCUCAUAGGCCUCCAGAUUUUUAAGGGCAAUCUCAGGCGAAAGUGUAUCAGGAACACUACAGAGUUUUGUAAUAAAACAUGGAACAGUUAUGAAGAGUUUGCUAAUGAUUCAGGUGACUUUGCUAAGAAAAAUGGUCCUUUGGAUAUUCUGCUGUGUGGUCCUAGUGCUGGGGUCUGUCCUCCUGGCUAUAAAUGCUGUAAAAUUGGGCCAAAUCCUGAUUAUGAUUUCACCAGUUUUGAUACAUUUGGCUGGGCUUUUCUUUCCUUAUUCCGCCUGAUGACCCAGGACUACUGGGAGCGUCUGUACCAACAGACCCUCAGAGCUUCUGGGAAGGUGUAUGUACUCUUCUUCAUGAUGGUCAUCUUUCUGGGCUCAUUUUAUCUAGUCAACUUGAUUCUGGCUGUAGUUACAAUGGCAUAUGAGGACCAGAACAAGGCCACCAUUGCUGAAACCGAGGCAAAGGAAAGGAAAUUUCGGGAAGCCAUGGAAUUACUGCAGAAAGAGCAAGAGUUGCUAGGUAUUAAAGAGAUUGAUAUCCCAUCACUUAGCUCCUUUGAAGCCUCUUCUCUGUCACCCAAAGAAAUCAAAGAAAGGAGCAAUAGGAAAAAGAGAAAUAAGUCACUGGGGAGAGAAGAUAAUGAUGAUGAAGAGGAACUCCCCAAGUCACAACUCCCAGACAAUCAACGAAAGUUGUCUCUCCUGGGCCUCGGCCCCAGCGCCAGCCCGGCCCAGCGCCGGCCGAGCCACGGGAGCGUGUUCAGCUUCCCCAUCCCCGCGGCGGAGGUCGGCUCCAGGGCGGAUCCCGGUGGCCAGGACACCCCCAAACCCCGGUGCCGGUCCCUGUCGGCAGCACAGAUGGGAAGGUGCCCCAGCUUCCAAAGCCAGCGGGGCCACAGCUCCCACCCCACCACCCCAAACUGCGCGCGGAGCGGCCACGGGGAUGGCGCGGAAAACCACCGUGGGGUGGGCUUGGGGAUGGGAGCAGGGAGCAGCAGGGUGCACAGCCAGGACCUGGUGUUCCCUGAAGGAGCCAUGCUUCCACCAGUCAUGGAAGACUCCAGAAAGGGGGAUCUGCAGCCAGCUGUGCAUGAUGAGAGCAGCAUGAUGCAUUUACCUCCUCAUCUGUCAGUGGAGUACUUUAAUGAGGCUCUUCAGAGACAAAGGGCAGCAAGUGUAGUCAGCAUAAUUACCAGCGUCUUGGAGGAACGUGAAGAAGCUCAGCAGAAAUGCCCACCACGCCUGAGGAACUUGGCCUUAAAGUAUCUAAUUUGGGACUGUUGUCCACUUUGGUUGAGGAUCAAGGAAAAAGUGUCUGCUUUCAUAAGGGAUCCUUUUUUUGAUCUGACCAUCACAGUUUGCAUUGUGAUGAACACUUUGUUCAUGGCACUGGAGCACAAUAAUAUGUCAGAUACUUUUAAAUACAUGCUUAAAAUAGGCAACUUGGUUUUUACAGGAAUCUUCACUGCAGAAAUGAUCCUUAAAAUCAUCGCUCUAGAUCCCUAUUACUAUUUUCAGCAGCCCUGGAAUAUUUUUGACAGUGCCAUUGUCACACUGAGUUUAGUUGAACUGAGUUUCCCCAGAAACAAAAGCAGGAAAGAAAGGCAAAAAGGAGGAACCCUGUCAGUUUUACGAUCCUUCAGACUGCUGAGGGUCUUCAAACUGGCAAAGUCCUGGCCAACUUUAAACACUCUAAUUAAAAUAAUUUAUAACUCCCUGGGAGCACUGAGUAAUCUGACCCUCGUCCUGGCAAUCAUCAUUUUCAUUUUUGCUAUAGUAGGGGUGCAACUUUUUGGGAGAAGUUAUGUGCAGAACUGCACUAAAAUACAGAAAGACUGCGAGCUACGCUGGCACAUGAAGGACUUUUUCCAUUCAUUCCUCAUCAUUUUCCGAAUUCUGUGUGGAGAAUGGAUUGAGACCAUGUGGGACUGCAUGGUGGUUGCUGAACCAUCGCUGUGUCUUGUUGUCUUUCUGCUGGUCAUGGUGAUAGGAAACUUAGUGGUUCUCAACCUUUUCAUUGCGCUGCUGCUGAGUUCUUUUAGUGCUGACAGUCUCCAGACAACAGAGGAUGAUGGGGAGAUGAACAAUCUUCGGAUUGCCUUCGCUCGGAUCCGCAAGGGAUUCCACUUGGUCAAGAGCGCCACGUGGGACGCCUGCUGUAGGAAGCUCAGGCAGAUAAAGAAAGUGCACAGGAAGAAAAUCAAAUUGACUGCACAGAACUCACUUGGGUUCAAGAGUGAAGAGACAAAAAGAUGUAAAGAGAAUUACAAUAAUGAAUGGAUUGAGAAAAGCGGGGACAAAUGCCCAGGGCUUGAAGAUUUUGUUAGAAACCCCCACAUAUUUGUUUGUGUCCCUAUUGCUGAGGCAGAGAAUACAAGUGAGGGUUUCGAAGAUGAUGAUAAACUGAGCACAUUUACUGACACAGAAUGCAGCAAGCAGGAUGAAAAUCACCUGAGGCAAAGGGGAGACAGAGCAAGAAAUUCAGGCAGCUGGAGUAAAGGAUCAGGAUUUUCCUCUGAAGAAUUAAAUAUGUUCUAUCUAGGAAAGGACAGGAGGGGUGAACUCUCAACACCAGAAGAAAAAGAGUUGGACAGUGUCAGCUCUUCUGCAGUCAGCACAGUGGAUCUGGCAAACCCCGCAGACGUCUUAAAACAGAUUGCAGAAUUUUCUGAAGACUUCAAGACUCCAGAACAAUGUUUUCCAGAAGGCUGUGCUCGGUACUUUCAUUGUUGCCUGGGUAGUGCUGCAAAGUUUGGAGGAGAAACCUGGUGGAAUCUGAGGAAAACCUGCUACCAGAUUGUGGAACAUUCCUGGUUUGAAUCCUUUAUCGUGUUCAUGAUUCUUCUGAGCAGUGGAGCCCUGGCCUUUGAAGACAUCCAUAUACAUAAGAGAGAAAGAAUUCAAGCAAUAUUGGGAUUUCUUGAUAAAAUGUUCACUUACAUCUUCGUCUUGGAGAUGCUCCUGAAGUGGGUGGCUUAUGGCUUCAAGAAGUAUUUCACCAACGCCUGGUGCUGGCUGGACUUCCUUAUUGUAGAUAUCUCCUUGGUAAACCUCUUUGGCAGUACCAUUGGCCCCAUGAAAUCUCUCAGGACUCUGCGAGCUCUGAGACCCUUGAGAGCACUGUCACGGUUUGAGGGAAUGAGGGUGGUGGUCAAUGCCCUCCUGGGAGCCAUCCCUUCCAUCAUGAAUGUGCUGCUCGUCUGCCUCAUCUUCUGGCUCAUCUUCAGCAUCAUGGGAGUGAACCUCUUUGCUGGGAAGUUUGGGAAAUGUAUCAAUGUGACAGAUGAAAAUGCCGUUAUAGAUGUCAAUAUCCAGAACAAAUCAGACUGUAGGAUGUAUAACAGUACGGGAAAAAUAUUCUGGGUCAAUGUUAAAGUCAAUUUUGAUAAUGUUGGCUCUGGCUACCUGGCUCUUCUUCAGGUGGCAACAUUCAAGGGUUGGAUGGACAUCAUGUAUGCAGCAGUAGAUUCACGAGAGAAAAAUGAUCAGCCAAAGAUGGAGAACAAUCUGUAUAUGUAUCUCUACUUUGUGAUCUUCAUCAUCUUUGGAUCUUUUUUCACCCUGAACCUCUUUGUUGGUGUAAUCAUUGACAACUUCAACCAGCAAAAGAAAAAGAUAAGUGGGGAAGAUAUCUUUAUGACUGAAGAACAGAAAAAAUACUACAAUGCAAUGAAAAAGUUGGGAUCCAAGAAACCUCAAAAACCCAUUCCGAGACCCUUGAACAGAUACCAAGGUUUUCUUUUCGACAUUUUAACAUCCCAGAUGUUUGAUGUUGUCCUCAUGGGUCUCAUCUGCCUCAACAUGAUCACUAUGAUGGUGGAAACCUACGAGCAAAGUGAAACAAAGACAAACAUCCUCAGCAAAAUCAAUAUAUUCUUUGUUACCAUCUUUACUCUAGAAUUUGCGCUGAAAUUUCUGGCUCUGAGGCGGCAUUAUUUCUUAAAUGCCUGGAACAUAUUUGAUUUCGUUGUUGUUAUUAUGUCCCUUGUUGCCUUAAUGCUCUCCAGCCUUGGCACAACCCUUGAGCAUUUCUUACCACCCACACUCUUCAGGGUCAUUCGCUUGGCUCGGAUUGGCCGGAUCCUGAGACUCAUCCGGGGAGCCAAAGGAAUUCGAACUCUGCUCUUUGCCUUAAUGAUGUCCCUACCUGCUCUGUUCAACAUUGGCCUCUUGCUGUUUCUGGUCAUGUUCAUUUAUGCCAUUUUUGGCAUGGCUAACUUUGCCUAUGUGAAGAUGGAAGAUGGCAUUGACGAUAUGUUCAACUUCCAAACCUUUGCUAACAGCAUGCUCUGUCUCUUCCAAAUCACCACGUCAGCUGGCUGGGAUGGUCUUCUCAGUCCUAUUUUAAACACUGGGCCACCAUACUGUGACCCAAACAUAAAUGGUACCAUAGGUGAAUGCGGUAAACCUGCCAUAGGUAUUAUUUAUUUUGUAAGUUACAUUAUUAUAUCAUUUCUCAUUGUUGUAAACAUGUAUAUAGCUGUAAUUCUGGAGAACUUCAAUGCUGCCACUGAGGAAAGUACAGAGCCUUUAGGGGAAGAUGACUUUGACAUCUUUUAUGAAGUCUGGGAGAAGUUUGAUCCUGAGGCAACUCAGUUUAUAACUUUCUCUGCACUUUCAGACUUCGCAGAUGCUCUGCCUAAGCCUUUGCGUGUACCAAAACCAAACAGAGUUGAACUCACAGCAAUGGACCUGCCCGUGGUCAGUGGGGACAAGAUACACUGCCUGGAUAUCUUGUUUGCUUUCACCAAGAGGGUGUUGGGAGACUCUGGGGACCUGGACACUCUGAAAGUACAAAUGGAGGAGAAAUUCAUGGCUGCCAAUCCAUCAAAACAAUCCUACGAGCCAAUAUCGACUACGCUCAGCCAGCGGCAGAAGGAGGCGUCGGCCACGGUGAUCCAGCGUGCCUACAGGAACCAUCUGCUCCAGCGCUCCCUCAGACAGGCCUCCUGCCUGUACCAGCACAGAACCUGCAGCUCUGACACUCUGGGAGAUGGGGCUGCUGCAGAAAACGAAGGACUCGUUGCAUCAAUCCUGCGUGCAAAUCAUGGUAGGAGUCCCAACAGGUCCGAAACUUUGUCCUCAGUGUCCAUCCCUCCGUCGUAUGACAGUGUCACAAGAGACAGCAGCAGCAAUCUCGUGGCUGAGAGUGGAGAAAUAAUGGGCAAUCAACAAUCUCCAGACAUUAAGUAG